AUGUCCGACACAUCAGACUCAUCGAGGAGCCGCGGCCCCAGCGCCGAACUCCCUACCACCACGGAGAAGGAGAAGGAGAUCCAAACAACCACCGGCACGGCCACCGCAACCGACGAAGAGGAGACCUCGGAGGCAGACGAACACCAAGUCCGCGAAUGGUCCGCCGAGCACGACCUCGUCUACCCGGAAGGCGGCUGGACGGCCUGGUCCCAGGUCCUGGCCGGCAACAUGCUCAACGCCCUAGCCUGGGGCUACCCGGCCACUUUCGGCGUCUACCAGCUCCACUACACCGAGACCCUGCGCCUGCCCGCCUCGCAGGUCUCGUGGAUCGGCUCCGUGCAAAUCUUUUUGACGUUCGCCGUCUGUACCGUCUCGGGCCGGCUCACGGACGCCGGGUACGCCCGGCACGCCGUCUCCGUGGGUUGUGCCUUUGUGGUGUUUGGAUCAUUCAUGACGAGCCUGUGUACGAGGUAUUGGCAGAUUAUGCUCGCGCAGGGGAUCUGUACCGGCCUGGGGCUGGGCGUGCUGUUCAUGCCGGGCGUGGCUAUCAUCGGGUCGUAUUUUAAAAAGAGGCGGUCCCUAGCGCUCGCUGUUUCGGCGACGGGGACGGGAGUGGGGAGUUUGAUCUUCCCGUCGACGCUUCAGUAUCUCAUCCCGCAGGUCGGGUUCCCCUGGGCUGUACGGUGCUCGGCGUUCGUCGCGCUCGGCGUGGCGACGAUUGCUAUUGCUCUGCUGAGACCUAGACUCCCUCCGAGAAAGGCUGGGCCUCUGUUGGAGUGGUCGGCCUUCCGGGAGCUGCCGUACAUCUUGUACACCCUGGGAGUAUUCUUCUACUUCAUGGCGCUGUACUUUGGCUUCUUUUACAUCAACACAUACGCCCGCAAGGUCAUAGGAUUCUCCACAACAGAGUCGGUAACGCUUCUUCUCAUCACCAACGGAAUGGGCAUCCCGAUCCGGCCCAUCGUUGGCUGGCUAGCCGACCGCCACGUCGGCCCGAUCAACAUGUUUGUCAUGACCAUGUUCCUUCUGGGUUGCAUGGAAUUCGCCUGGAUCGGCGUGGAGACGAGGGCAGGCAUGUACGCCUUCAGCGUCUUCUACGGCCUGUCCAACGGCGCGACGCAGGGCGUUUUCGUCGGCUCGACCGCCAGCCUGACGACCGAUCCGCAGAAGAUGGGCACGCGGUUCGGCAUGGUCGCCACCAUCUCUGGCUUCGCGACGCUGGCUGGGCCGCCGAUCGCGGGCGCCAUCAUCGACAGGUCAGGGGGCUCGUAUCUCGGGGCUCAGGUUUGGGGCGGCGUCAUGAUGAUUGCCGGUGCGCUGACGGUGGGAGCGGCGAGAACGGCCAAGGCGGGCAAGGCUUGGGGGGCGAAGUUGUAG